AUGAAAGAUUAUAAACCAGAAAAUCCAAUGGGAACAGAUAAUGAUGAUUUUUCAAAAAUGAAGAAUUUACUAAAGGAUGUAUUAAGUUGUUUGAACUCUUACAGGAAGGUGAAAAGUGAAUUAUGGGAAUUAUAUGACUACACAUAUAAUGAACUUUUUAAUAAUAUUCUUGAGCAUAAUAUUGUUAGUUUAUUCAAGCUAUUAGAAAAAAGUAAGGAUGUUUCGGAUUAUCUGAAAAAAGUAAUUGUUGUAAAAGGUAAAUUACCUGAUAACUGUAUAAAAUAUAUUGAAUUUGAUUUUUCUAUGCCCUCUGAAUCCGUUGCAUUUUUUCAAUCAGUAAAAAAUAAAAUAUUUAGUUGUAUAAGAGACUUCAAUUAUGUAUCAAAAAAAAAUAAGCUUUCAAAAUGCUCAAAAGUUGAACUCAAAAAAUAUUGCAAAAAAAAAACAAAUGCAAUGGAAAUUUACAAUCUUGAACUUUUAUUUUUUACAAGCAAUUCUUUAUCAAAAAAUGAAUCAUUAAGUUCAUAUAAAUCCAAUAGAAGAAAUAAUAAAGUUGAUAGAAUUGAUUAUUUCAAAGAAAUUGACUAUGAAGUAUUCAUUAAAGGAAUGUGUAUCUAUUUACGUCUAAAUGAUAAAUGUGCAAACGAAAAUCCAGAGAAAUAUGGAUGUAGUUCUACUAAAAAUGGAAAAAAUAAUAUUUCUUUUCAUUCAGAAGAAAACUAUGCAAAUCAUAUAACCGAUGAAACUCUGACAGCAGAAAUGAAAAACCAGUAUCCUUCUUUAUUUGAAGAUGAAGAAAAAUCUUUUGUGCUCGUUGAAAAAAAAAAAAGAUGCUAUAAAAGUAAGACUGAAAAAUUAAGUAAUUCAUCAGUAAAUAAAUAUGGUUCUUCUUCUUCAUCUAGAUAUAAAAAAGUGGAUAAAAUUAAUUAUAAUUUAAGAGGAAAUUAUAAAAAAUAUUCGAAAUAUACAACACAUAAUGAGGAAUACAAAAAAAAAAAAUGUUAUCCAAUAAAAUGUCAAGAAAAACUACCAAAUAUUAUAAAGAAGAAUAAAAAAAAUACAGAAGUGGAAGCCAUUAUAUCUCACCCAGUACUUAAUGAAAUGAAAAACGAUAAAAGUAAUUUAAAGGAUUUUGAAAAGGAGGAAACUCAAUCAAUUAAUAGAGAGGAUAUAAAAAAAGAAGACAAACCCAUGCGUAAUUACAAAGAAAAGAAACUGGAAAUUCCAAAUAAAAGUAAAAAAAGAAAAAAUGAAGAAAUUAAUGCAUCUAUUUCAACAUUUAAAGAAAGAAAGAAUUCUAAUUUUAAUUCAAAUAGUAAUUUAGAAAAUUCAAAAACUGAUACAGAUAAUUUAGCAAAAUACAAAAAUAAUGAUUCUCCUGCAUUUGAAUAUGAAACAACGGCUACAAAAAUAAUGAAGAAAGAAAAAAACGAAGAAAAUAAAGAAAUAAGUAUUUAUAUUUCAUUUCAUAAUGAAACAAAAAAUGUUAAGUUUAAUUUAAAAAAUAAUAUUCAAAGUCCUGAAACUUCUAUAGAACAUGAAGUGGGUAGUGAUCAAUGCAGUUCUUCACCUAAAAUUAAAAGAAAAACGCAAGAAAUGUCAAAUGACAGUAAAAUAAACAAAAAUGAUGAAAUAAAAAUAUCUAUUGCAGUUUUCAAUGAAACAAAAAAUAUUAACCUAUACUUAAAUAAUAUUACUCAAAAUUCAAAGACUUACGAAAUAAAUAAUGUAGAUUUAAAUAAAAAAUGUUCUUCACCUUUAUAUCAAGAAACACCACCAAAAUUUCUUAUGAAAAAUAGAAAAGAAAAAAAUCAGAAAAUAAAUGAAAAUAAUUUAGUUGAUAAUAAAAAAUGUAAAGUUGAUUUGAAUAUAAAAAGUAAUUUUCAAAAUUCAAAUAAUAGUUUGUUGAAUAGAGUAGGCUUAAACGGUUGUUCAGAAUCAUUAUACCAAGAAACUCCACCAAAAUUUCUUAUGAAAAAUAGAAAACAAAAAAAUCAGAGUUUAAAUAAAAAUAAUUCAGUUGAUAAUAAAAAACGUAAGGUUGAUUUGAAUAUAAAAAGUAAUUUUCAAAAUUCAAGUGAUAACUUAGUAAAUAGAGCAGACUUAAACGGUUGUCCAGAAUCAUUAAACCAAGAAACUCCACCAAAAUUUCUUAUGAAAAAUAGAAAAGAAAAAAAUGAUAAAAUUAAUGAAAAUAAUUUAGUUGAUAAUGAAAAAUGUAAGAUCGACUUAAAUAUAAAAAGUAAUUUUCAAAAUUCAAAUAAUAGUUUGUUGAAUAGAGUAGACUUAAACGGUUGUCCAGAACCAUUAUAUCAAGAAACCCCACCAAAAUUUCUUAUGAAAAAUAGAAAAGAAAAAAAUGAUAAAAUAAAUGAAAAUAAUUUAGUUGAUAAUGAAAAAUGUAAAAUUGAUUUGAAUAUAAAAAGUAAUUUUCAAAAUUCAAAUAAUAAUUUAGUGAAUAGAGUAGACUUAAACGGUUGUUCAGAACCAUUAUACCAAGAAACACCACCAAAAUUUCUUAUGAAAAAUAGAAAAGAAAAAAAUGAUAAAAUAAAUGAAAAUAAUUUAGUUGAUAAUGAAAAAUGUAAAAUUGAUUUGAAUAUAAAAAGUAAUUUUCAAAAUUCAAAUAAUAAUUUAAUGAAUAGAGUAGACUUAAACGGUUGUCCAGAACCAUUAUACCAAGAAACCCCACCAAAAUUUCUUAUGAAAAAUAGAAAAGAAAAAAAUCAGAGUGUAAAUAAUAAUAAUUUAGUUUAUAAUGAAAAAUGUAAGAUCGAUUUAAAUAUAAAAAGUAAUUUUCAAAAUUCAAAUAAUAAUUUAGUGAAUAAAGUAGACUUAAACGAUUUUUCAAAAACUUUAUGUAAAGAAUCACCACCAAAGUUUCCUAUGAAAAAUAAAAAAGAAGAAAAUCAAAAAGUAAAUAUGACUGAUUCAUUUUUUGAUGAAAAAAAAGACGUUAUAAUAAAUAAUAUUUUUCAAAAUCCAGAAACAUGUGUAGCAAGCAAAGGAAGUUUAAAAAAAAAUGUUUCUUUUAUGCUAGAACAUAAUAAAAUAUCGAAACCCAUCAAUAAAAAUGAAAAAGAGAAAAAAGAAAAAAAUGCGAUUACUUCUAUAUUAAAAAAAAAUAUGACAAAUAUGAAUUUUAGCACAAAUGUUGUAAAAGAAGAAAUAGAACCAAAAAUAGAAAUUAUAGAUGAAACAAAUAUUUUAAAUUUGCACAGCGAAAAUUAUAUACAAGAUUUAUGUGCAAGAUUAAAUGAAACAGUUAAUUCACAAGGAAAUUAUGAAAAUAUAGAAAACGUAGACUUCGAUACAAGUGAUUUAGAAUCUGAUACUGGUCAUAAAAAAUGUAUUUUCGUUGAUUUUGAAGAUGAUUCAGAAAGAUGGCUAUACAAAAAUCAAGAAUUUGAAGCUUACACUUUGCCAGCAACUGACGAAAUGCCAGAAGAUAGAAUGCUUAAUAGAUUGAAAGCACAAUUAGGACACUGCCCAACUCUUAAUGAAUUGAAUAGAUAUAAGAAUCGUGUUGAUGGAUUAUGCUAUUUUGAAUGGGAUUUUGUACUUGCACAUUUUAGAUAUGUUAAAAAAGUUUUAUAUACAUUAAUAUAUCGAUACAAAAAAGAAGUUACUAUAUCUGAAGAAAGCUCUAAAUAUUAUUAUUACAGUAAAAGAAUUAAGGAAUUAUUUCCCGAAUAUAGUUUUUCAACAUGCAAAAAAAUAUUUGCUGAAUUUGAAAAAUUUGAAAAAAAUCCACUUAUUGAGGUAUCAAGAAAUGGAAUCAUUCAUGAGUAUUGCAAUUUCUUUAGAUGUGAUACAGAAGAUAUACCUAAAAAAAUAAGACUUGAUUUAAAUCGUACUGCGAAAAUUUUACAUAACUAUAUAGAAUCAAUAGAAGAAACCAAUAUGAAUGAAGAACUUUUAAAAUAUAAAAGAGAAUAUAAUAGAUUUAACGCAUAUUCAAUGUAUUAUAAUGAUCAAAACCCUUUUAUAAAAUAUUUGAAAAGAAUUUACAAUUUGUUCAUUGAUUUUAUAAAAAAAAUAAAAAAAUAUCGUUAUAUUACAAAAUAUUUUGAUUACGAUGUAGAUAAAAUAACUAGAAGUUUUUCAACUCAAUUAAGUUGUUGUUAUAGAAAUAUACAUUUUUAUUUUUUUAAAAUGGCUAGAUUAUGUACAAAUGAUCGCUUAACAUGGACAUUAUUACCUGGAUUGCAAUUCGAUAAAUUUAAAUCACAUAAGAAUGUAGUGAAAAAAACAUUUAUAGAUGAUUGUAUAUUGAAUAAUGUUUUGUUAAGAUAUAAAAGAUGCAUUGAAAAUGGAAGUUUUAUGGCUCACCCUAGAUACGAUAUGAGAAAUCCUUGUGCGCUCUUUUGUAUUAAUUAUUAUUCAAAAAAGUUAUAUUCACAAAUAUGCGAUGCACUCGUAAAAAGAAAUAUUAAAAUUACACAAACUGAUGAUUUGAUUACUAGAAUAUAUGCAAAAAGGUAUAGAAAGAGAGUUACUGAUGAUAUGAAAAGAAGGUUGGAAAUUGAGGAGAGUAAAUAUCAAAAUGAUAAUUCAUUAGAAAGUUCUUCACAAUCAAAUAAUGAGAAUGAUAAUAAUACAGAAAUCACCAGAAUAUCAAAUCUGUCAUUAAUUAACGAAAAUAAUAAUAAUAAUAAUAAUAAUAAUAAUAAUAAUAAUAAUAGUACUCAAGUUUCAUAUAUAUCGUCCCACAAUAACAAUAUUAUAGAAACACCACUGUUAUUAAUCAACCAUAGUAAUGAUGCUACUACAACAGCUGUAAAUGAAAUAAAUAGAAAUUCUACUACUUUAAUAAAUGUAGACAGUAAUAAAGAAGUUACCUUAAAUAAAGAAUGCACUAAUAAUAAUCAUACAGUUUUACAAGAAGUGAAUAAUCAACUGGUUUACAAUGGGAAUGAGCCAUCUAACGAUUAUACCAUGCUAAAAGAAGCAAAUAAUAAUAGUUGCAAAUUUGAAUAUGAUGAAAACAAAAAAGAAAAAGAAACUAAACAUGAAAAUGAAAAAAAAAGAAAAGAGUCACCAUGCAAUAAAAAUGAUAUGGGAAAUUCUAUUAAUGAAAAGAAAAAAAAGAAACUUGAGUCAUUAAUUUCUGAGCCUAUGAAAGAACAAGAAUGCACAGAUGUAUUUUUAGAAGAGAAUACAGAUAAUAAAAAAAAAUGCUUAAAAGGAAAUUUAAGAAGCAAGAGAAAAUUAUAUAAUUGUGAUGAUAAUACUAAUAGUUGCAAAAUACAAAAAAAUAUGUACACUGCACAAAACAUAGUAGAAAACAGUUAUGAUUUAAAAAAAAUAAAUAAAGAGUAUUCAGGGAAUAAUAACAGAAUUAAAAAUAAUGAAAUCCAGAAAUCAACUGCUGAAUGUGUUAUUCGUGAAAAAAAUAUAAAAGUUAAUUCUCAAGGUGACAACACGAUUUUGACUGAUAAUAAAAAAACGCGUACAUAUAAAUUAAGGGAAAAACAGAAAAUUACAUAUAAUGCAUAUAGUAGUGUAACAAAUGUAAAUAAGAAUGUCAAAAUAAAUAAACAAAAAACAAAUAAAAUGGUAUCAAAAAAAAAAAUUACGCAUAUUAAAAAGAUUAAUUAA